CGUUCUAGUUGGACAGCCUCGUCAACAUCAAGCAAUCAAUCGAUCAAUCAAUCAAUCAAUCAAUCCAUAGAAGUGGUAUGAUGGACACACCGAUCUUUGACUCGGGCGCAUCGACACAAUCCUCCCACUGGGUGAGUUCUCCGACCACUGUCUGUUGGUGGGACCAUCAUCCUGGAAGGAAUGGCUGCUUGGUAACCGAUUCCAAUUUCCUGCGUAACUCUGUUUGGUGGUGAUUGCCACUCGGAAACUUGACUUUACUCAAGUGAUCCAAAAUGACAUCCGGGGUAGGAUAUAGGUGUCCAUUAA